AUGCCGCUUGCGCGUCAGGCCAAAUCGGCAAAGAAGGCGCAGGAAACACCGGAUGCUCAAAAGCUGGAGAAAGCUGUGCUGCUGGCACAGCUGGAGCUUGCAAGAGCCGAACGGGCCCAAGCUGAUGAUAAGAUCCGACGUUUGGAACAGCAGCUGUUUGGCACCGAGCAGUCCUCGGCAUCGGAGUCCGAAAAGUCCGAUCUUUCGGGUUCGGAUUCUGAAGACCGUCAAGGGCGCCAGAUGGACAUGGGCGAGAUGCUCUUCGAGAGGCUGCUGGAGGGAUUGGGAGACGGCUUCCCCGCAUCCAUUCGCAAGUCCGCGCAGGAGGCAGUGAAGGAUGGGCCGGAAGCAGACGAGCGAUCCCGGAAAGGCUGCAACUGGAUUGGUGGCAUUCAGCUUGCAUGGACUUCGCCGCCGACCGUGCGGAAGCUCAAGCCGCACGUUCAAGAGCAUUUCCCGAGGCCAAUCAAGCCUGGCGAUGUCCUGAGCGAGGUCGAUGGCACGCCGGUUGAUGGCCUGAGUCGCCGAAACAUCCUCGGCUUGCUUAAGAAGUUCAAAGGCAGUGUGGGCUUCAAGAGGGUACACCACAAGAGCCACCAAGAGGCGAUCAGGGAGUCUGCCAAGGAUGCCCUGAAGAGCGGUCCUGAUGAGGAUGCCGCGCACCGCGAGGGGCAAAACUGGAUUUGGGGCUUCCUGCUGGCAUGGACGUCUCCGCCAGUGGUUCGAGAUGUCAGGCCUGAGGUUCAGGAGCACUUCCCGAGCCCAAUCACUCCCGGGGACUUCUUGCACCAGGUUGACGGCCGGCGUGUAGAGGACCUGAGUCGCACAGAGGUCUUGAAGCUCCUCCAAAAAUACAACGGGAGGAUUGGCUUCAGAAGUGGCAAGGAUGAGGAUUUCCGCAAGUCAGCAAAGGAAGCUUUGCGCAGUGGCCCGCAAGAAGAUGCCGAGUCUGGGCAGGGAUGUGACUGGAUUGGCGGAAUUCUGCUUGCAUGGACGUCUCCUCCGGUCGUUCGCGAUGUGAAGCCUGGAAUGCAGAAGCACUUUGAGAGGCCAAUCGCUGCCGGGGAUAUCCUGCAUACCGUUGAUGGCAAGCGUGUGCACGGCCUGAGCCGCGAAGAGGUCCUGAAGCUCCUUUCAAAACACAACGGAAGCCUCUGCUUCAGGCAGGGUGAUGACAUGGAUGAGAAGGUUCGCAGUUCCGCUCGGGAGGCUGCACGCAGUGGCCCGGAGGAAGACGCCGAGUCCGGCAAGGGAUGUGACUGGAUUGGUGGCAUCUUGCUUGCAUGGACAUCUCCUCCUGUGGUUCGGGACGUGAAGCCGGAAGCCCAGAAGCACUUCCCCAAGCCGAUCUCGGCUGGGGAUGUCUUGCGUCAAGUUGAUGGCAAGCUCGUAGGAGGCCUGACCCGUGCGGAAAUCCUGGCCUUGCUUCAAGGCUUCCAAGGCAGCUUUGGGUUCCGGAGCGGUGCUGACAUGGAUGAGGACGUGCGCGUGUCAGCCCGCAAAGCCCUAGACCAGGGCCCCGAAGAAGAUGAGCAGUCCGGCAAGGGCUGCAACUGGAUUGGGGGUAUCUUGCUCGCGUGGACGUCCCCUCCCGUGGUUCGCGAUGUGAAGCCUUCAGUUCAGAAGCACUUUCCAAGGCCAAUCACUCCCGGUGACGUGCUACGCAUGGUGGAUGGAGAGCUUGUGCAGCACAUGUCACGUGCGGAAAUCCUCCGUGCACUUGUCCACUUCGAUGGCGAACUCGGUUUCCGUUCCAAGCACCCUGCUGAAAUCAGCCUUGCGGAUCUGCUUCGUCGCCUGGGGGAUCCGUGA